AUGCAACGCUUCCACUUUGAGGCUUGCAUCAAAAAAUGGAUUGUACCACGAGGGCUGAGGAUUUUGAAGAUGCCUACUACAGGUAAUACCUAUCAUGACUUACUUUAUCAUUGGCAACAGCUUAAUAUUGACUUAAGUAUUAGAUAUAUGGUUCUGUUAAAUGAAUAUUUUGAACCUGAGGAACAUAAAAUACAGAAACUAGUUCGGAAUCAACAGACUGAGCUUUAUAGCAAAUUUAAAGACAUUGCUAUUGAACCAUUGUUUGACCGCUUGAUUGAUAGCAUUUCUCUUUAUGAAAAACACUUACUUGAGCAGAAGAAAAGUAAACUACAAAGAGACUUAUACGAUUUUUCACACGGCCAAAUUUUUACUUGGCCUAAACAUGGUAUUAAUAAUGGACAUAAUGUAAUUAAUAAUAGCAAUGUAUCAAGUGUGUCAGCUACAAAUGUUACUGAUGUUGCUAAUGCUCACAAUAAGAUAAAUGUACCUGUUAAUGAUGUUGCCCUAGUUCCUGAUAGCAUGCUUUUACUAACGGAUGUGCCACCACUUCUGAAGACCCUGACAGAAACAGAUUCUAAUGCUAGUGAAUGUACUAAAUCAUCAACCAUAAAUGAACUUGAACAAAAGGAAGAUGAACAUUCUUGUGCUGAGGACAACCAAACAGAAACUACAGAAGAGCUUUUACUAACGGAUGUGCCACCACUUCUGAAGACCCUGACAGAAACAGAUUCUAAUGCUAGUGAAUGUACUAAAUCAUCAACCAUAAAUGAACUUGAACAAAAGGAAGAUGAACAUUCUUGUGCUGAGGACAACCAAACAGAAACUACAGAAGAGAUUGUAAACAUAGAGAACAAUCAGGCCAAAGCUGUUAGUCCCACCCAAGAUGCUGAAAAGAGUAUGCAUGCCUUGAGUCCAGCUCAAUCUGUUGCUCCAGCCAGCGUCACCAAGCCACAACUGAAUGAUGAUGAUAUGGAUUCUGUAUCAGACAUGUUUGCGUCUCAUUUUAGUUCCACCACACCUGUAGCAAGUACAGGUACCUCUACAUCACAAAGCACAGUGAAAGCUGCAAAGAAUACUGAAAAAGGUACAGAGACCAUCACCGAGCCGCAUGAUUCAUUAAGCACACAGACUGCUGAGACAGAUGUUGACAACAGCAAAAAAGAGGAUUUCGAAGAGGUUUCCCACAGCCAAAACUUAGAACCUUCAGUGAAUUAUGUUAAAGAUCAGACACCAACUGAGCUGAGAUCAGACAGUGAAAAAAACGUCAGAAAAAAGAGGAAAAGGGAUGAAUUUGAGCUUGAUAGUGCCACAUCACCUGAACAUUCAGAAUCUGUCAGACAAGCAAAAACAAAAGUCUUUGGAGAGAAAUUACAAAGUGAAAGAAGUCUCACAAGAACGAGUGUGAAAGUGAAACCGAGAUCCAGUGAACGUACAAAACAGUCCCGCAGUUCCAAAAAACACCUGUUCUCUGAAUCAAGCAAUGAAGCUUCAAGUGGAAGUGAAAAGAGUUGGAUUUCAGAAAAUCAGAAGAAAACAUCUUCCAGAAUUCUGGACUAUAGUAGAAGCAAACCAAAACCCAAGUCUAAAUUGAAAGUUUUACCAUUAUCUUCAGGCAACAGUACCGAUGAAGAAAAAAGCAGUAAAUUGGUUGCAUCAGAUUCAAUACAGAAGACCAUAAAGAACUCGUUUAACUCUGAACUUGACAUUCGUUCUCUUACACCAAUCAAAAGAGUUAAGAGUUCUACUUCCCCAACUAAAUCUGAAAAAGAACCAUCAGAUAUGAGAGAUUUGGCAUCCCCAGCCACCCUCUGUGACGAAGACAAGAUAUCAUCAGAGAAUGCACCUCAGAAUGACUUGGCAGAUAUUUUAAGUAUCACUGCAAGCCCUCUUCAAGCUACCACUCUGGUAGAGGAUGUCACAGUUAUUUUACAGGAACAAACGCAUGAAAGUACUCCAGUUAACUUAGAUGAUGAGCCUGUAAAUAUUUCAACUCUUGAAUUUGGUUUGCAAAAGAGAAAAGCAUUCGGCUCACAAGAGGAUAUAGGUGUCCCAAGCACAUCAACUCCUUUGCCUGGUCUGAAGCCACGAAAAUUGUUUGCCUCCAGUGAGAAAAAGCAAAAAUCGGCUGAAGAUACGCCUGAUAAAGUUGCAGAAGAAACGGCGUUUUAUGACGAUCUGCAUUCUUUUGAUGAUGAUGCCGAGCUGAGUGAUGCCAGUAUCAUCACUGCAUUCAGCAAUUUCAGUGAGCAGCUCAAGAAAACUUUCUUGUCUAGACACAAGAAGAUGGAGAUUCAUAUGCAGAACUGUAUGAAAGAUUCCCAGCAGCAUGUGACAACAUUAUUGACAGAACUCCAUAAUUGCAGGUUGCAAAAAUUGGAUAACUUCCAGAAUACAGUAACACAAGAACUUGCUAACCUUGAGAAAGAUGCUCAGACAUUAAUGCAACUUGAAAAAACGACAUUGGAUUUUUGGAAGACUCAGACUCUGAAUGUCAGAACUUUUUGUAUACAACAGCAGCAAAGGCUUAAGUCUAUGACCUCUCUGCUAGGAGAGCCCUUCAGAAGUGCUACUGAUAUGCUUCCGCAAACAAAGGCAAAAGAAGGUGAAAAUAUGCCACAGAGUUCUGCAAAUUAAUUUAAAAAAUGCGGUAUUUUGUCUUCAUAACUUUCUAUUCAAAGACUUGAUUUCAUCCCAACAAUCAUUAUAUUGGAUAACACAACGAAGAUGGGAUAGUUGUAUAAAUGGCCAAAACCUACAUUGCAAAAACCAUGUUCCAUAUUCAGUAUACCUUUAAUGGACUUUGAAGAUGUUGAAAUUUAUUUUCUGAUUGCUUGAAAAAAUAAAAACACUGAAAAUCUAGAGUUCACUAAAGAACAGUAUGGCUGAAAACUGUCAACAUUUUUCUUUUAAUUUCCCAUGUGUUGCACAUUUUCUUCUGUCUCUUUUUGUUCAGUAAAUAUGUUCUAAAAUCUAACUUAUUUUAAAGCUGAGAAACAAGAAAUAGUGAAAUUCUUAAACAUUGCCUUUUUUCAAGGUCAAGAUAAGCUCUGUAAUGUGACAAACUUGUUUUGACUGAACUGUGAUUACAAUCUGAAGCAAUAAUUAUACUUACCAAAGUUUGUCUUGACUUUGUUUUUUAAAUUACUGCUGUCAAAUGUCCAAGUUUCUUAUGACUGGCUCCAUGCAUCAGAGGGAUAGUGCCCUGACUGCACCCCAGCUGGCCAGGGCUCAAUUAGUGGUACCAACAUAGGAGGAUCCAGGCAGGAAGGUGGGGAUUGAAAGGGCAUGGCCCACUUGCCUCUCCUGAGAGAUGGGAAUGAGGGGUGCAAGCACACAGGACAGUGUAGUGCCCUGCUGAAAACUGGGAAGGACUUUGUUGAGAAGCAUAUGUUGCAGAAGCAACAUGUCUCCUCUGUGAUAAGCCCCAUUGCACAUCCCAUCCCUAGUGCUUAGUCUGAUGCAUGUUGUGACCAGGGCAAAAAAAAGAAAAAAAUUGUCAAACUGCCUAUAAUGGUUGUCUGAAUGAUGGCUACUCCCAAUCAACACUCAUCCCAGUGAGAGAGAUUGACAGGACCAAUUGGUCAGAAUGAGGCUGAUUAACAACUGAUAGUGUGUGUAAACAAUUCAAAAAAUUAUUCAAGUUUCUUUCUACAUAUCUAUGUGAUAUCUGUGUACAUAAAUAAAAUUAAAAGGCCAGAUUAUUAUAGGGGGACAAUACAGAUGCCUUCAAAAUACCGUUUAAUGUAUAAAUUGUUUGGUAUGUUGUUUGCAUUUCUGUAUGCAGCAGUUAUGGACUUUGUUUGUUGGAUGGAAAAGGACCGAGUACC